UAUUCUGGAAUCUGCAUGUUCACUCUUGUCUUCUUUAUCUUUUGGCGUCAUACAACUUUUUUCUUUUUUUAAUCUUGUGGAUGUGACUUUUUCUAUGUAUUCGUCUUAGUCUUUCCCACCGGGCUAGUUGGAAGCUUCCUGUGGUUAUAUUUCUACUACCCCUUUAGUAUUAUCCGACACCCAUUGAUCAUCUGCAUUAUUGCAUGGAUUUGGUUUGUUCACACGAUGCCUUGGUGGGAUUUGAGAUCACUUUCUUGUUUCGGGAUCUUUCGGGAUGUAUCGAGCAAGAGGUCAGACAUUUCUGUGGUUUCUAGUGGUUGGUUUUCUCCACUGAUAGAACACAAGAAUGAAGAGGAAAGAAUGAGGGAAGUCCAGCUUGGUUCACAUACUGUAAGGUCCCAUGGAGUCAAAGUUGCAAGGACGCACAUGCAUGACUGGUGGAUACUCCUGCUUCUUGCGCUGAUUGAGAUCAUCCUUUACAAAAUCCAUCCAUUUUAUCGCUUUGUUGGGGAGGAUAUGAUGACCGACCUCAAAUAUCCUUUAAAAAGUAACACAGUGCCUGUUUGGGCAGUUCCUAUUUAUUCAAUCCUAUUGCCAAUUGCGAUUUUUCUUGUCGUCUAUUUCCGUAGGAGAGAUGUCUAUGACCUUCAUCAUGCCAUACUAGGUCUCUUAUACUCUGUUCUUGUCACGGCUGUUAUUACAGAUGCUAUAAAAGAUGCUGUUGGUCGACCUCGGCCGGAUUUCUUUUGGCGUUGUUUUCCUGAUGGAAAGGAUGUUUAUGAUACAUUGGGAAAUGUUGUAUGCCACGGCGACAAAAAUGUCAUAAAGGAGGGACAUAAGAGUUUUCCUAGUGGUCAUACUGCAUGGUCCUUUGCUGGUCUAGGCUUUCUAUCGCUGUAUUUAUCUGGAAAAAUACAAAUAUUUGACCGCAGAGGCCAUGUUGCAAAACUAUGCCUUGUUUUUCUUCCUCUACUUGUUGCAUCACUUGUUGGCGUUUCACGGGUGGAUGACUACUGGCACCACUGGCAAGAUGUGUUUGCAGGAGGUCUCCUAGGGCUCACGGUGGCUACGUUUUGUUAUUUGCAGUUCUUCGCACCACCAUAUCAUCCUGAAGGUUGGGGGCCUUACGCUUACUUCCAGGUGUUGGAGGAGUCGCGGGCAAGUACACAAGCAACCAUUGCCGUGAAUGCGAGCAGCACGCAGGCCGGGGAGCCUCAGGUCGACGACACACAAGAUGGAAGAAGCAUCCAUGGGUGUAUGGGUAUAUCACUAGUUCCUCCUCCUACUUCUGGUUCAACGUUGAAAGAUAUCGAAUCCGGGAGGAGAUAAUUCUUUCCUUUACCUACAUCAGGCAUAUGUAUAUCCAUCCAUGCGUGAACCAUUAUUAUUAGUAUUAUUUCCCAGGUUGCUCCUAUUUUCUUUUUGAAGAAAAUCUAGGACCCUGUUUGGAAGGAAUUUUGACUCUUGAACCCCCAAAAUAAUACAAACUUAUCUUCAAAGGUUUUUCUCCA